AUGCAACCCCAAAUUCAACCUCAAAUUCAAAUCUCCCGAAGAAAAAUCUCUCAAAUCUUAUCCAAACGCCCUCCCCUUCCCCAAAUUAAGCAAAUCCACGCCCAAAUCAUCACCCAAUCCCUCGGAUCACAUUCUCGUUCUUUAAUCGAUUCACUCAUCCAUUGCUACCUUCAUUCCGAGAAUCUGAUCUUCGCCAGAGCGUUGUUCGAUUCCUAUCCAUUGAAUCCACCAACAUUGCUAUGGAAUCUCAUGAUUCGUGCUUACUCGAAGCUCCGAGAUUCUUCCGAUUCCAUCUCUCUGUUUUGCAGAAUGUUGAGCUCUUCAUCCCCACCCGACGAUCGAACAUUCAAUUCUGUGAUCACUUCAUCAGCUCGCCAGGAAUCAGUUCUCUUCGGACUAUCUGUUCAUUCCAUGGCGAUCAAAAAUGGCUACUGCCUCAAUCUAUAUGUUGCUAAUCCUUUGCUUAAUAUGUAUGGUGUUUUUGCAAUGGUGGAUAAUGCAGACAAGGUGUUCGACGAAAUGCCUGUGAAAGAUGUCUUCUCCUGGACAACUUUACUCGCCGCUCAUGCCAAGCACGGUACCGUACAAAAAGCCGAGGAAUUGUUCGAACAAAUGCCGCAGAGGAACAAUGUGUCGUGGGCUGUAAUAAUCUCUGGUUUUGUUAGCCGGGGCAUGUUCUCGGAGGCCAUUCGAUAUUUCGACCGGAUGCUGUCCGAAAUAAGACCUAAUGAAGCUGUUCUUGUGUCGGCUAUCUCGGCCUGCGCUCAUCUGGGAUCGUUGGAUCACGGAAAUCGGAUCCACGGCUAUAUCAACGCGAAUGGUAUUCCAGAAACUUCUAACAUUCGGACUGCGCUAAUCGACAUGUACGCAAAAUGUGGCACGAUAGAUCAGGCGUAUCAAGUCUUUAACGCAAUUGCGACACCAAAUAUUCAGAAUUUUUCGAGUUUGAUUUCCGGGUUAUCAAUCCACGGCCUCGGCGAGGAAGCUGUACGGGUUUUUCGACGAAUGUUGAUUAAAAGUAUGCGCCCGAAUGAAAUUACGAUCUUGGGAGUUCUCAACGGGUGCAGCCACGCCGGGCUUGUCCAAUCGGGAACUUCGAUUUUCUACAACAUGGAAAAUCGGUGGGGAAUUACACCCGGGAUCGAGCACUACGGUUGCUACAUCGAUUUACUCAGCCGUGCCGGGUAUUUGGCGAAGGCAUUCAGUAUCGUCAAACGAAUGCCCAUGAGUCCCGACGACGUAGUUUGGCGAGCUUUACUAAGCGCAUGUAGAAUUCACCGAAACGCGGGUUUCGGCGAGAGAAUAAUGCGCUACUCGGAAUAUUCCGGAGGCGACGUGUUGCUCUCAAACACGUUUGCGUCCGUAGGGAAAUGGGAAAACGUCGCUCGAUUGAGGGACAUGAUGGAAGACGAUAAGCGACGGAGUCGAUCAAAUAUCGGGUGUAGUUGGAUCGAGACGAAUGGCGUCGUUCAUGAGUUUCGCGUCGCGGAAAAGCUCCAUCCGCGGAUAGAGGAGACUCGGGGAAUGUUGUUAGAAAUAUUGGAAAGGGUUCGACGAGUCGGGUACGCGAUCGAUGCGACGCGUGUGUCGUUCGAUUUGAGCGACGAGGAUAGAGAGCACGCGACAGCUUGGCAUAGCGAAAAGCUUGCGGUGGCGUUUGGGAUUUUGGAUACUCGGCCGGGAGAUACGAUUCGGAUAGCGAAAAACUUACGGAGUUGCGAGGAUUGCCACGCCGUGUUUAAAGCGAUUUCGCAAGUGUACGAGAGGGAGAUUGUUGUCCGAGAUCGCGCUCGGUUUCAUGUUUUUAGAGACGGGAAAUGUUUGUGUAACGACUAUUGGUGAACAAACAAUGCGUCGUAAACAUAGCCGGUUUUUUCAUGUCGGGUUGAUAAGAGGUCGAGGGCCUCGUCGUUAGACUACCCCUCA